GAAGCGUCCCCAAAAUGACUCCUUCUGAGUGACUUAAGCUACGCUCUUAGGGAAGAAGAGUCUCUCUAUUCCGUGUGUUUCUCUCCUAGACUGGGGUUGGCAAGUUAGAGCCUUCUUUUUCGUAAAAGGGUGCCUCCUCCGUAGGAGGUCGCCAGCUGGAAAGUCAAGAGGCACAGAACAGAGUCAGGCAGUCAGGCAUUGGUUUUCCACGGUCCUCGCGAGGGGUUUGGCCUCCUGGACUGCGUCACCCUCGCGCGGAGGGUCCCCAGCAGGCGGGGGUCCUCGCAGCCGGCUCUCUGCGCUCCCGCCCCCGCCGCCCGGGGCGCUGGCCGUCUUCUGCACCGAGGUCUCCAGGUGCCCGGCACGAAGGCGGAGCCGGGCGCAGCCGCCAACCCGACGCCUCGGACAAGACCCCCGGGAGCUCGCGGCGCAGGGCAGCUCCGGCGUUCGCAGCCUCCCGGGCCCGGCGCUUCUCCCUCAGGCGUGGGGCGCCAAGCGAGGAGGGGAGCAGAGCGGAGCGGGGCUCGGAGCCGGGCACGGAGGAGAGCGCAGUGCCAUCGCGAGCGGAGGAGCGGAGGGGAGCGGAGCGCACAGCAGAGCACAGUGCGGAGUCCAGCGGAGGAGAGCGCCGCGCGCCGCGGAGCCGAACAGAGCAGAGCGCGGCUCACGCGGGGCGGUGGCGCGGCAGCCAGACCGCAGCCCGAGCCCGAGCCCGAACCCGGAGGCCCCGGACGCCCGGACCAUGGCUGCAGAGGGGCCCGGCCCGCGCGCCCGGCUCUGGGCGGCGGCGCUGCUCGCGCUUGGUCUGGCGCGCCUCCAGGUGCGGGCGGACGGGAAGCUCUUUGUGCUGGAGUCUCAGGAUGGCUCUCAGGGCCUGGAACUGGAGGCAGCUCGCCUUUCCUGCAGGAGCAGGGAUGCUCACCUGGUGUCCGCGGACGAGCUGCGAAGGGUGGUCCAGGAUUGUGCUUCUGCAGUGUGUGCCACGGGCUGGUUGGCAGACGGCACACUGGGGACAACUGUGUGUAGCAAGGGGAGUGGUGAACAGCACAUCAGGAGAGCUGUUGAUGUGACAAUUGCCAGCAACCCGGUUCCUGGUGGCACAUACAAUGCCCUUUGUAUUAAGGAUGAAGAGAAGCCGUGUGGUGACCCACCAUCGUUCCCCCAUGCCGUCCUGCAGGGGCGCAGCCGCCUGGAGAUGGGGGACGAGCUGCUGUAUGUGUGCACCCCGGGUCAGGCAGCGGGCCAGCACCACCCUGCCUUCACCUUGCUGUGUAACAGCUGUGGAGAGUGGUUCGGCCUGGUGCAGGCCUGCGGGACAGAUGAGGCUGAGGCACAUAUUGACUAUGAAGAUAAUUUCCCUGAUGACAGAUCUGUGUCAUUCAGGGAGCUCAAGGAGGAUUCCUGGACAGAGGCAGAGGAAGACAGGGGUCAGGGAGAGGCCUCUGAGGGGGCUCCUAAACAGGACCAUCUGGUCUCCAUUUCUGUGGGGAGAAAAUCCAUAGCCCGAGAUACAGUCUUUGUGCCAACUACAGGCUUGCCCAGCCCGGGGCACAGUGUCCCCACAGACCUGCCAGGGUCCCAAGCAAACCAGAAGUUCUUGUUCUGGCUUCCUGCUGAGACCUUCCACAGGCCAGAACUGAAAAAGGAGAUGGAUGACACCAAAAAGCAGCUUCCUUCUGGAGACAAGCACAGUAGCUUUGCGCAGGCUUCAGAUGGACCUGCAGCCAAGGUGAUCUAUGGCAGCACGGAUGACCCCUUGGGGCCAUUUGUGGGUAGAAAUGACAGCAAGGCAGGGGACCCAAUGGUGAGCAGCAGCGAUGAGUCCUGGUUAGAUGGCUAUCCUGUGACUGACGGAGCUUGGAGGAAGACAGAGGAAGAGGAAGCAGAAGAGGAGGGAGGUGAGGACAGGGGAGAGGGGUCAGUAGGGCUGGAAGAAAAUGUUCUCGUUACCCCCGCUCAGCCCUUUCUUCUGGAAGUUAAGGAGCCCCAGAGUCCCACCCUCACACCAAGGGAGGACAUGGCCCAUAGCUCAGUCCUUCCGUCUCAAACAUUAGACACAGAAGUUCUAGCUCUCAAACCCAUGCACGUGUCUGCCACUGAGAGUCCCAGUGAGGGGGCUGAUGAUUUGACCAGGUAUCAGUCAACUUUUCCUUGGAGAUUUGCCACAGAGAAGUCACCCAUGGCCGCCCUACCCUACGAUAUCACCAGCUCUACCCUAGAGGCUGUGACACCUGCUCUCCGGGAGAUGCCCGACUACAUUUCCUCAACUGCCAGGGCAGCCACCCAGACACCAAUGGAAACCAUUGCUCCUGAGGUCCAGGAGGGCUUCCCAUACCUGCUGUCUGAGGACUUCUUGGGACAGGAAGGCCCUGGCCCAGGUGCCCGUGAGGAGCUCCUUCCAACAGUGGAGCCAUGUGUAGGGGAUGCGUGUCCCCGCCUCAGCAGAGGCCCCAUCAUUGCCACCAUUGCCACUGUGCUGUGCCUGCUGCUGCUCCUGGCGGGAGUGGGGGCGGCAUGGGGCUACCAUAAGUGCCAGCACAAGAGCUCCGUGUACAAGCUGAAUGUCGGCCCACGGCAGGCUCGGCACUACCACCAGCAGAUUGAGAUGGAGAGGGUCUAGCCACCUUUGGAGCAGGUUCUCCCAAAGCCACCUGGAGAAAAAAUAAACCAUACCUCCACAUUAAUGGACACGGCUACUCACUUGGGCAUGAAGCAGGCAGAGCACGACUUGUCUUUCCCUGCUCCACUGCCCCAGGUCUUUGUUUUGCAGGCCGAGAAGUGUGUCUCUGGAGGCACCUGGCCCAGCAGGAAGGCCUUGGCGGUGUUACACCAGCGUCAGUUUCUCCUCCCCAACCUGCCCUGGAAUGUUCUGCACUAAUCCCAGACCUGUGCUCCAGCCCAAAUUCCAACGUAAGCUCAAAACGCACCUCUUGGUUCCUCAUACCAUGGUCUUUUCCUUUCUUAAGAAAAAGACUGACUCCGUGACCUGGAAUUUUUGAGAAAGGUGUGAUAAACUGAGCAUUUGUGAUCAGCGUUAUUUAGGACACAGAUAGUUGUUGGGAAAGGAGGACUGUACAAGAACAAUGGGUUGUUUCCUUUUAAUGUGAUGUCGCUGAGGGCAAAGAGCCAAGAACCAGGACACUGUCCAGAAGCUCCAAGGUUUUUUGUUAAUGCUUUGUUGGAAUUGGAGAGACUUUAGAACAGACGUUGUGUCGGGGCAAGGUGAGCAGUGGCAGAGCGCAGGUCCCCCUCUGCUCCAUCCGUGCUGUGGGACAGCCCACCAUUUUUUUAAAGAGAGGUUAGUUUUGUACUGGUCAAUAACAUUUCUUCUCUGAAGUGGUGGCCCAGGUGCCUGUGACCGGUCAGUGCCUAGGAAUGUCUUAGACUUUUUGCGAGGACUAACAAAAAACUUAGUUCUUGCUUUCUUCUCUCCGAAUUAAUCAUGUCUCUGAACUCCAGUAAGAGAGAGAGUGAUGUGGGAGGAAAAAAAGGUUUUAAGAGGGCUAAGGACAAGGCUAUCAAGUAUGGGGUCCUAUUUGAUGGAGAAGCAGAGGAAUUAAAAAGGAAUACAAAAUGAGCUGUGCCAAUAUCCGCUUUGUUGUGGCAAUUGUGAGCUCUUUGGAAACAGCACGAGUCCAGGAUGAUCAAGACGAUAGGAAAUGGGAUGAGUCCAAGCUAUCAAGCGUCCCAUUUCAUAAUGUCUUCAUCAUCUUAUGGUGGCUCAGCAUGGAUUGCUUAUGACAGUGGUUCUCAAAGUGUGGUCCUCAGACCAGCAGUAUGGACAUCACCUGGGAACUUGCUGGAGGUGCAAAUUCUCUAGUUCCACCUCAUGGACUCACGAAGCAGAACCCACCUAGGGUGGAUCUGGGCUGUGUUUUAACCAGCCUCCAGGUGAUUUCAAUGCACACUCAAGGUUGAGGGUUUUGUUACAACGUAACAUAAUGGGUUUGUGAUAACAUAAGCUGUGAGCUUUGAGGCCAGCGGAAGCUCUAGAGGCACAGAAAGCAGCACGUGAAGCUGUUGAAAUGCCAUCUCCAGCAGUCUCUUACGGAUUGGCACAAACUGAAUUCUUUAUUUUUUCUAACAGGAAUCACUUUCUUAGAAAUAGUUUUCAGUGGUAAAAAAGUGAUGGCGGCAAUACAUUUCUUUUGAGACACUGUAAGAGUCUUAGUGUUUUUGUGUGGCAUAAGAGAACUGAUCUUUGAAAGUUGUUGGUGAUAAGUUACCUAAGGGAAGAAAAUUCUUGGAACAUAUUUUCUACCCUGCCACCUCUUUCUGGUGCAAGCUUUGGAAAAAUAAUAGGCUAAGUAGCUAUAAAGACAGUACAGCAAAAUCAAAUACCUUAGUCCCCCAUCACUGAGUAAAACAAAGGUCUGAAGAUACCAAAUAGAAUACCUAUAUGUCAGAUGAAAUCUAGAAUAGGAAUGAAGUGCUUUCUGCAUGUAGCCAGAGCAAAACACAACAGAAUAAAAGCCAGAGGCUGUAUAUACAUAUAAAUUAGAUUCUUCUCUAAUUUGUUACAAGAUAACUUUUCUAUUUUUUACUGUAUGAAAUAACCUUUGUCCCAACAUUGGGAUUAUGUUAUUCAACUAUUAUUAUGUAACAACCCAAGAACAUUGACUUAACACCAACACAAAAAUAGGUAAUGUUAAUACAGAUGUAUUAAUAAGUUGAUUAUAAAUACAUUAAUACAAAUAAAUUUAUCAUUUUAUAGACAUGGACUGCAAAAUAAACCCAACACUUCAGUUUGAUUUGUUGUCAUCUAAAUUAGUGUUAUAGGAUCUAACUAAAAAUACAUGUAGAAAGAAAAUGACUAAAACAUGGUAAACCUCAAUGAUAUGCCAUUAUGCAUGCUUUGAGACUGGUAAACAUUUUAUGUUCAUGGAAACUGUGGGGUGGAGGGGGGGUCAUUAACACAAAGCUUCUGAGAUAUUUUAAGGAAAUAAUUAUUUCCCCAAACAGUUGUUGAAUGUAUUGGGUUACAUCACAAUAAUUUAUAUUAAAA